AAUCUUCACUCAAUAACUUCAAGAAUCACGUGUUUGAAAUGAAGAAUCUCGGAAUUUUAGUAGCUCUGUUUGGUGUAGCGAUCGCCCAGAGGCAACCAUCAAAAGAAGUCAUCAACAAGUUUAAGGAGAUUUCCCCCCAAUACAUGAGUUUUCUGGAAACAGGAGAAACUCAACUAGCUAAGGUUCGCAACGAUUCUCUGAGCAUCGUCAUUAAGUUCCACGAUGAAAUAAUUCUAGUCAAGGAAAACUACGUGUUGAACGCCAUCGAGAAGGAGAGUGAGUUGCACUCUCAAAUCACAAGUCAGCAAGAAUCAGUAGACUCAAAUUGUGUAAGCUUCCUGAAUACCACCCUUGAUAUGAACAUGAACUUGGUCGGUGUGGGAUUUACCAACUGUAUCAAUAACGCUGAUGAAUCCUUCGAGAAGCUAAGUUCCGAAUACUACCGGAAACUCGGAAUGCAGGAAGCGUUAAUCGCCGAGAUACGUCUUCUAGAUGUAUUUCGUGGAAAUAACGUAUUUUAUUCCCCGGAGAAGAUCAUAGAAAACUUGAACAAAAAACUAUCCGAUUUGAACAUCAGCCCGAAUGAGAUUCAAGGGGCGCUCGAGGAAGCUAAAGAAAUUCUCGUGAAAGAUCUGGACGCAAUUCGCUCAACUUACGUUGAAUGUAUGACGCAAGGAGAGCGGUUAUUCGAUCGAAGUCUCGAGGUGAUAGUGCAGCAACUGACUAUAGUAUGUUUGGCGCAGACCAAGGAACUCACUACGGAACCUGGUACACCGAGGCCUAUAACUAUUGAGAGUGACGAGAUAGUCAAUAGGAACUCCUCUUCGAUUAUAGAAUUACCGGUACCGAACACGGUACCAAAUAGGUUCUUCAAUCCAGCAAUGAAACAUUUAAUUGCUCGUUCUCCGAAGUAAUGAGCAAUAAUUGGAAUAAAGCUCGAUUCAUUUAAUAUCCGCACGUCAUAAAUAAACUUAAAAGUUUUGUUGAAAUAAAUCACUUGA